CUCCAGCCAGGGCGUGCAGGCUCAACUUUUUGGAGGGAGCGGGCGGGGGCGCGCCGCGCCCCGUCGGACCCGCCGGGCGCGCCCGGCGCGCGAGGAGGAUGCCCGUGGAGCGCGCCCCCGCCCGGAACGGCGACUCCCCCGUGCUGGAGGACGGCGAGGAGCUCCGCCUGUCGGAGCAGAGGACGAGGUUUGUGCACGGCCCUGCUGGCGACGAGGGCGAGGGCGUGCUGCACCUGACGACGCGGCGGAUCGUCUGGCUAGGCGCCACCAGCGGGUACGCGAUGGACUACCCGUUCGUCACCCUCCACGCCAUCUCGCGGGACAAGGCUGCUUGGCCAGAUCCGUGCCUCUACUGCCAGCUGAGGUGUGAGGAAGUUGAAGGGGAGGAGGAGGAGGAGCCAGAGAUCCCCGAGGUCAGGUUCGUGCCAUCCGAUCCGGCCCAUUUGCAGACCGUCUUCCAGGUGUUCUCCGAGAUGUCGGCGCUCAACCCGGACCCCAACGACGCCCAGGCGGAUGACUCUUCCUCGGACGGCGAGGACGAGGAUGAUGCGAACGUCCCCCAGUUCACCAUUGGGGCAGCAGGGGCCAUGGGGAAGGUGUGGGCACCGGGCCCGAACGACGACGCCAUGGAGGACGCUGAGGAGCUAAUGGAGGGACGAGGACGCAGGUCCCGAUGGCGACGUGUCCAUGGAGG